GCCUGCAGCUAGGGCAGCGGUGCUCGGCUCGCUUGGACGCGGAGCUGCUGCAUUUGCGCCCCUACAGCGGGUUUGGGAAGCCGUGGAGCCGCUGGAUAAGCGUUUUCCAACAACGAGGGAACACGUUAUAGCGUUUCUUUAACCGUUUUUCCUCAGACGUUUUCCAGCAUGGGGAAUGGUAUCAAUAAGGUCCUUCCUGAUUUGUACUUGGGAAAUUUUAAAGAUGCCAGAGACCGAGAACAAUUAGCCAGAAACAACAUCACACACAUCCUUUCCAUUCAUGACAGUGCAGCUCCCAUUCUCCAGGAGAUGACCUAUCUGUGCAUUUCAGCAGCUGACCUGCCCACACAAAACCUAACCCAGCAUUUUAAACAAAGUAUAAUGUUCAUGCAUGAGUCCCGCUUGAAGGGAGAAGGCUGCCUCGUUCACUGUUUGGCCGGUGUGUCCCGCAGCGUCACCCUCGUUGUGGCUUACAUCAUGACAGUGACAGGACUGGGCUGGCAGGAGGCGCUGGCUGCAGUCAGAGUGGCUCGGCCCUGUGCUGGCCCUAACAUUGGCUUUCAGCGGCAGCUCCAGGAGUUUGAGGUCAAUCAAGCAGAUCAGUUCAGAAAAUGGCUACAAGCAGAAUAUAAGGACAACCCUUUCAAUGAUGAAGCUGAUAUUCGGGACUUGCUUGCAAGGGCUUGCAAAGCCAGCUGUAAAGAGUCUGAAAAACAGCCAUCUACCCCACCAGGAGACAUCUGAUCAGAUCUUUUCAUCUGAUGUUCAACUCCUCAGCCUGGAUGUUGCACCUCCACGUGAUCCGACAGUAUAUCAGACCUUUCUGGGAGUCGACUGUUCAUUGGAGCGGACUACUAGCAGGAUGUUGAUCUCUGCUGAAAUGAUUGUCUACAUAUCAUGGACACGAACACUGGAAGAGACCAUUACUAUGAAAAGCACAUAUGAUUUUUUAUCUUUAGCCUUGCUUGAUGUUUCUCAUGUUUUCUUUUCUAAAUUAUGAAUGUUGUGAACUGUGCUAUUUUGUACUGUGUCAUGAAGAUUUCAACUGUGAAAUAAAAGAGAAACGUUAA